UUAAAACUGCACUGUCAACGGCUAGAAAAGAAGCAAAAAGAAACAAAAAAUAGCGGUGCGUUUCGGUGCGGAAAAAAAAUCCUCGGUUGUGUUCCACUAUUUUCCGUAAAAAUCCACAACAAACCGCUACAAAAGUGUACAAAAAUUACUGACAACUGAAACUGAAAAUAGAACAUUCAACAAUGGCAGAAGCGGCUACACCGGACGAUAUGUGGACCCCGUUCAAACAUCUGUUCAACAGCAUUGAAGCUUUUCUGCUGCCUUCGACGCCGGCCGGUCAGCAGCAGGAACAGAAUGUGGCCUGCUUGGAUGCGUUGCUUCGGAAGCAUAAACAAAAUUUUACCACCCUGCUGCGGAACCCACCGAAGAAUGCGAAGAGUCGGGAAGCGAUCCGGCAGGGAAUAACCGAGGGGAUCACGCUACCAGAGUUUGGACAUACGAUCCUGUCCAAAGAUUUGGUGGAUGAGAGUGUUAUUAUUUCGGAUAUGUACGACCUGAACGAGUACAUUGCGUUGGAGUUGCUUUGUACCGCACAGCAGCAAAUGCCGAACCAUCCGGGAUUACCGCGAGGACUAGUCGCGGUGCUGUUGUAUUAUGAUGGCCGAAAAUCAUUGGUGGCCAGCUUGAAGGAACUGUUUCAAGCUCGGGCCGGUGUCAGCUGGUGUACAGACGCUCCUACGGAGAUUACGCAGCUUAUUACGGCGUACACGGACGCGUUGGUGGCCGAUGGAGUGCUGGAGAAGAUUUUAGACCUACUGGAGGAAUUGGAUGUAACGAAGGAGCUAGAUGUACUAACGACGAAUAGAGCGCUCGGGCCACCGAAGCAUCACCGUCAGGUGCUGGAGCUGUUCGAGGAGAUCCGGCUACUGUUGGCCACUUGCCUGUUUAACUGGGCAGCUCAGUGUGGAUUGCCGAGGGGAACGACGCUGAAGCUGAUUCGACAUUUGGCCAAGUACAAAUCGACGGUUUCCAGCGGAGGGAUUGAUAAUGUGACACUAGCACUGCAGAUGGCGCUAAUGUACGGGUUGGACAUGAGUGUGAUUCAGCGACGGGAAGACGGGGAAGAUAUUGUUAAGCGGCUGGCUAUGGUGAAGGAUACGGAAUUUAUCGAAACCGUAAUGGAAGCUUUGUCAUCGAGCUGGGAGUGCGAAGGGCUUCGAUCGGUUUCGUUGUUUACAUUCGGUUUGGCGAUUGCUACUUUGAGAUUGGCUCCGCAGAAUUUGUACACCAAUUCGUCCCGGAUAAUCGACCAGGAUGAGAUGCUGGUGGAUGCGGCUAUUCAGGGACGUGUGUUUGACUUUAUUCAUUACACUUUGCUGGAGAACGAGAUAGUCUUUCGAACGGAAUUUUACUACCGCCGGAUGCAUGUGCUGUUCACCGAUUUUAUUGAGCUGAUGCACUCGAAAGUAACGGAACUGAGAGCGAGAGCGGACGAAACGGCAAGAACUGUACAGGCUUUCCAGCAGCAAGGUUUGGACCCGCCGGCUAAUUUAUGUCGGAAUUUUGAAGCUUUACUACUUUCGGUUGGAAAGCUGUAUCAGAACGAUCAUUUGCGUUUGAAUUUGUCCCUGGAGUACUGGGGGCCAAUGGAAGUGGCUGCGAACUACCAACGGGCCUCGUCUCGCUCGGUUUGUCUUUUUAAAUUUAUUCGUCUAGCAGGAGAAUUACUUCCACCGACACUCUUCAUUCCGUAUCUCAAAAUGCUCUCCGGACUCUCAAGCUCGCCUCAAUCUGCUCGGAAUGCGUUCAACUUGCUUAAACAGGGCGGUGGACCGUCUGGAGCUUCGGCCACAAUUUCGUGGGAUCAUUUCUUCAACUCACUCUUCCGUUAUUAUCAGAACUUGCGUCAAGAGCAGAAUCCGGGCAGUGAAACUGUUUACCGGAAUCGAGCCCUCAGUCGGAACAUCAAUCCGCAGGAAAUUGCCGGGCUUCAAGCGGUCCUUCAGGUGAUCCGAGCGGUUGCCACAUACGACGAGGUCGCUCGAGUGGCCCUCUGUGAACACCCGAACUGGUCCCCACUCCACGUUCUUCUUGGUUUAAUCAGUUGUUCGGUGCCGAUUUCAUUGAAAGCCGAGCUGGUUCAGACACUAGCUGCUCUCGGAAAAAGUAAAGAAACUGCUUUGCAGCUUUGGACUAAUCUGGAAGCGUCGCAGAUCAUUGCCACAAUACCAACGACCAGUACCUUUGUGAACCGCGGAAUAGAAUCCGAAUUGGAAGAAAUUGAAAGCCGUAAUGAAACCUAUCCGCUAACCCUUGGUAUGUUGGAUCUGCUGUAUAAUCUGUGUGAAACUGCCAUCCCUAAAGGUCUCGGAGCAGGACCACGAAAACCUGGUCUCGAUCCGUACGUCACUUUUAUCAUCGAUGCCGUCUUUCUGCGUUUCUACAACCGAAACUACAAAAAUCCAGCUGAAAAGUGGCAAAUCGCUGCCAAGUGCCUUCAGCUGUUGCACGCAUUCGUUAAGCAGUACGUGCCCUCACCAGCGGAUUUUCCCUCACCCAACCAAUCGCGUGAGGAAAAUUCUGCUCCCGGUUUUCACAUCCUUCUGCAAAUCAACACCAAGUCCGACUUUCUUCGCCUUCUGCUUCAUAUCCUUGACGAAUCGAUCACCUUAUUCGAUACAUAUGCUCCGUUCUCGGGACGUAAACAACUGGAAACUACUUCACUGUACGCACUCCAGAUUAUCGAACGUGCCCUGGAAACUCAGGAAGAUUUUUUCAAUGCCCACUUUGCUUCCAACUGCUCGAUCCUGUUGGCCGGAGCCAACAAACUACUGCUUGGAAUGAACCCACGCAGCGGAAAGGCAGAUCACAUGCUCAACGUGACCCGCUUCGUUACCUACAGUUCCUCGCUUCCGGAGAACGCACUGGUAGCUGUCCGAAUUUUGACCGCGAUUAUGCGCCAACCGAACGUGAAUCAGCAGAUUGUUGGAUUGUUAACGCAGACCGAUCGGAUCCGGAACGAAAUUCGGCAAGGAUUCGUUGAGUGUUUGGAGAGUGAAGGGGCCACUUAUACGGCUAAUUCUGGCAUGGUCGGUAAUGGCGGUGAGCCGGUGGAUGAUCUCGAUCAGGAAAUGGAUGAGUUUUCGGCAGCAGCUACAGGUGGUGUCACCGGGUCCAGUGUGGAGCUGCAGAUCAAAGAGGCGAUCGUGGGACUGCUGCAGGAGUGUCUGCCCCAGCAAAGCACUCCCAAUCUGGCCCACUAUCUGCUUGGGUUUGAGCUGAACAAGGAACUUCGGUUGACCAAUCUGCAGCAACCGGGGGUGAUGAAUUUUCCCAGCAACUGUGCCAAGUCGCUGAUUACGCUGCUGGAUAAUGCGCUGGAGGCAUCCAAAGCCGGCAAACAGGCCAGCUCCGCCCAGGAACGCUUGAUCGAAAACGCCUACAUGCUGCUGUACUCACUAUGCUACAACAGUCGCACCUCGGAGGUGAUUCUACGCUUUCUACGCUCCUGUAACGAUUUUCUGUGCCGACACGUUUCAGGUCUCCCCUUUGGCAACGUCAAAAGUCCGCACGUGUUGAACCAGAUGACGGGACUACUGAAAUGUGUUGCCAUCGAACUGAAGCUAACCUCCGACAAGAGUCAGGUCUCACAGUUCGGUAACAUCUGCAAGAUUCUGCUCGGUGUGGUUCAGCAGCAGGGAACGGAGCUAGUUCCGCUGGAAAUGACCCAUCACUACAGCACCGUGAAUGCCAGUAUGAUGUCUACCGCGAUGGAAGCGUCGACAGUUGUUCGGAAAGGCGCAGAAUCGGCGAAGUUGCUCCUCUGUCAGUUGCUGGAUUGUUUGAAUUUCGAGAUUAAAUCACUGGAGAAACCCAAGUGGGACUAUUUCGACAACACGCUGCUUCAGAGUCUGCUGCAGAACUGUGAGAUUUCUGUGGUUGGCAGCGGUGGAGGAGGAAGUACUUUGAAGCUAAUCGAUAUCAAGAAGCUACACGACGUUCUGAAAGAUGAACUGAACUCGGUGCAAACGACGAUUGCUGCGGGACAGAGAGCUCACAUCAUGGCGGAGAUUGAAACGAUUCUGUUGUAUGCUCUGCAGGUCAAUAGCCAGCGCAAUCUGUGUGCUUCGACGGUAAGGUUUCUGGAAGCGUGGGGACAAACUACAGAGGUCCUGUUCAGCGUGACCCCUGCCAUGUUUGUGUCGUUGGAUGUCAAGCAGGGUCUAUUAGUGGAGAUUGUGCAGGCCAUUCUGGGGAAGGUAGUUCCCAAUCAAAUUAUGCCGGAACUAGCUAACUUAGCCUCAUCGACGGUGCUGCUGUUAAUGGUUAAUUUGAGACAUUGUUACACGUUGAAGAACAGUCGAGAAACGGAAGGUCAGCAGGACCAGAACUCACUGAUGAGUUCUUUGGGAGGUAGUGUUGGACCCCGCGCAAUUGGAUCCGGCGGGAGAAUGUUCUCACCGAAAACUAAUACGCUGAGUUUGAGAUACAUUUUGCAGAACAUCCUCGACUGGAUUUUGAUCAGCGGCGUUGGAUCGCAGAAGCUGAGGAUUAAUUUGUACGCUGCUCUGUUAAACUACAUGCACAUUGUCAAGGGGAAUCGAGACAAAAGUGAACAGGAGCAGCAGAAUGUCCGAGAUGAGUUUUAUGUAUCCCGGUUGGACAAAAGUUUGAGUUCGAGCAAGACUCACGACGUUACGACGGAUGAGUCAAAUGCUCAGAUCGAGAUGGUCGUAGAAAUUUUCCAGCAAUUCGGGGACAAGCUGAUCGAUAUUCUGUGCCAUGAUUGUACCGGAGGUCACGAUAUCUGUAAAAUGCUUGCCCUGUCCUGCGUCGAUAUGCUGCUGGACAUGGAUUCGAUGACUAACGUGAUUCAAUUCAUCUCGAAACGAGGCUACUUGUCUCAUCUGAUCGACAGUUUGCUGAAAAACGAUGGCAAACUCUGUCGAAUCCUGGAUAAUCAGCCGGAAAAUAUGAAGGCCCUGUAUGUGUACGAGUCGAAAAUGGCCAUGCUCAGUCGAAUUGGAGGAUCACACAUAGGAGCUGAGUUGUUGCUGGAGGAAAAAGCUCUGAGUGUUCUAGCUGGAAUGAAAGUCUUUGAUCUACACCCAGACUUUCAAGUUCUAAACUACUCGUCCCACUAUCCCCUAUCGUCCAGUUUUAUUCCUCCAAUAGAAGCCCGCUAUCAGCAAAUUCUCUUCCCGGCACUCAGCUUGUGCGACUCAAUCCUAUCAACUUUAGGCCAAGAAAAUCACUCAGCCGUAACACAAAUCAUUCACUUUCUCCUGUCCCACGGAGAUACUAUUGAGAUCGUACUCCGAGCCGGAACGCCUUUCCUUAACAUUGGACUCCUGCAGGAACUGGCUGGCAUCACUAGCCUCAUUGCUCGGGCAGCCAAUCAGGAAAUAUCUAACCUCAUCACUCCGAAUGCCAACCAAGACCUCGGAGCUCAUCUGUACCGUCUACAGAAGCUUAUGUUGACCCUCUUUCCCCGGUUUACCCUCACCGAGCAGACGCUCAAGGAGCUCCAUCAAAACAUUCUGACCAAUUGUAGCGAACGGGAACGGUCAGCUCACCUGAAGUACUUCCUACAGAUCGGCGCAAAUCUGGCUCUGUAUGCCCGAAACAGCAUCUCCAACCAUUCCGUAGAUCAUCGCACUAUCAAUGUACUGUUUUCACCGCAAAUUAGUGAAACGAGUGUCCAUCAGCAGGGAAGAGCGGAGAACAGACUCGCGCUGGACAGUACGCACAGCAGUUUGAACGUUGUCGUUAUGCAGCUGCGCUGCUCGGUUGAGUACUACAAUAAGGGCAAACUGGGUUACGAGAGUUUGCUGAAUCAGCGAAAUUCGCUGCCCGGGUUGAGUUUGGACGCAAAUGUUCAAAUCCAACAUGACAACCUAACAGAUCGCAUCGCCAGCAAGCAGGAGGAACUCAAGCGAUGCGUCUUCAUUACCGAACACUGCCUAUAUCUGUUAUGGGCCCAUCUGGACUUCUUUAUGCUGAGAGCGAUCCCGGUUAAUACACUGCACUUUAACGCGCCAUACGGAUCGGAAAAUUACCUUUCGUCCCAAACUGAAGUCGGCUGGAAGAUCACAGCCGAGGAUGUCGCAGUGCUGAAGAAAACCCUGAUCGGGGUGUUCAAUGAAACGUUUUGCAAGCAGCUACUCGACACUGCCCAGGAUCAUGCACGUGCUUCGGACAAGGGAUUCAUUGAGGCGUUACUACGGCGAAUCAAGCGUCUCAUACAGUUCGUUCCUGUCAAGUAGAUAAUUUUGUGUCGUCGACAAUUGUAAUAGUUUCUGUUCUAUUGCCUUUCAUUGUUUGAUUACUAAUUUUGAUUGUCAUUCUUGAAUGAUUACACUGUUUCCGACAUGAUGGAA